AAGUGAAUGUUAUUUUGUGGAUAAUAAUUAAUUCAAUUUUAUAUGCAUACAAAUUAUAGAAACCUCCAUGAACACUUAUUAAAACGAUAUUUUACCUUUUUCACUAAUGCAAUUCAAAUUUCUUUCCUUUUUCUGAGUAUAUGAAGAUGAACACCCAUGAACCAGUUAUAGAUGCAUAACCUUGAAAUUAUGAAGGCUUUAUAAUCAAAUCUCAAACUUUUGGAUCGCUCUAACGGUUGAUAUUGAAAUGACAUUUUUAAUCACAUAUGUUAUAUGACUAACCAACAUAGUAUAUUUAGUACCACCAUGAUCUAUUUUUAUACUAUAAGUUACAUGUCAUCUCGAUUAGCGUGUUUUAUUCUAAAAUAUAUUAAAGGAGAUGUCAUUUUAUAAAACAUAAAACUUUGAAGUUCAAGUCAAAGUGAAUGAGAUAUAAUUUAUUAAAAUUAAAUAAAAAGUAGUUAUACACAAAAUUUGAAUCAUACACUUAAUUUGCUAUCACCCAAAUUCACAACAAUUGCUUUGUGUUACCCAAAAGAUUUGAAAAAUAUUUUCUUACAUGUUUCGUAUUUGGACUCCUUUCGUUUUCCUUUAAAACCUCAUUUCUCUGUAAAAACACUACCUACAAGUAUAUGUAUUUUGACUUCGAUCAAGCCGAAGUCAUACGCAAAUUCGCUAACAUUUUGUUUGCCACCUCUAUUUUGUUUCCACUUCAUUGUUAGGGUGGAACUCAUAUGAACAACCUAGACCGCCACGUUUUACGUAUAUGCCUAUAUGUAAAAUUGCUCAAAUAGUUGUCCCAAAUUUAUUUGGAUAGCUGAUUGAGUUGGGUAUUCACAAUCUCUCCUCUUCAUUCAAUUAUAAAUUGCAAAGGGUAAAUUGCAAGUUUGGACACUGAAAGUGCUAAAAAAUUCACGUUUGGUCACUUAAAGUGGUUAAAUGUUUCACGUUUGGUCACUCUCCGUUAGUUUCCGCUAAGUUUAUCUCAUGUUAUGGUCAACUCUAAUAGUUGACCGUUAAAUCAGUGACAUGACAAUUAAAAUAUAUAAAAAAUUAUUUUUCACCUCAUCACUACAUUUAUUAAAAAUAGAAAGAUAUAAUUCUUUUAAUUUUCCUCCACCCACGUUUCGGCAUCAUUAUCUCAUCCUCCCCUGUCCACCUCUGCCGCCUCUCACCGGGACCACCCAUCAAGCGUUUGCAGCUCCGACGAAGGCUGGGCGAGGCCGAGCAAAAUAUAAUUAGUUGCAGGUCCCGUACCCCAUCAACAGUGGUGGGGGAUGCUUCAGUUCAGCUCCAUUGUUGGAUUCUCCACCGGCCCAUGGUCGAAUCGUCAAUUAAGAGGAGGGUGCAGACCAUGUAGAUGUGAGGGGAGAGGGAAGAGCGGCUAAAUUAGGGGUUUUAAGGUAAAAAUUGGGGAUUUUAAAUUUUCUGGUAGCGAUGACCCAAAAACAAACAACUUUGGUAAACAUGUAUUCUUCUUCUUUUUCAACGUCCUCCUCAUCCAUUUGUCUGCACUCGAAGCUCCAGCUCCUCGCCGCGUCUGCCGCUUCUUUUCUCGGUCGCGUUGAAUCCAUGGGCAGUUUCUCAGCGUUCUUCCACCCAUGAGCUGGAAAUCAGGUAAGUAGGACAUGGUGGCAGAGGAGGAUGGAGAUGGAGGCGGCCGACGCAAAGGUUCAUGAAUCGGGAUCGACGAGUUUGUGAUGGGGGCGAAGAAGAAAUACUCGGGUUCUUCGUGGCCGCCGCAUUGGACGAAAAGCUUUUGGGCGAGAACGAAGUAGAGCGGGAUGGUGGAGUUUGGAGGAAGAGGAGGCGAGGGCUGCGAACUCCAAUUCCAGUUUUUGAAUCGAAGGGAAAUUCCAAAGACCUAGUGACACGACGGCGACAAUGCUAGGUCAUUGAUAAUUGGUGGGUGGUGGAGACAAAUUUCAAAAAUUAUGUCCUUCUAUUUUUUAUAAUUGUAUUGAUGAGAUGGAAAACUAAAAUUAAUUUUUAUUAUAUUUUAAUCGCCAUGUCACGUAAUUUAACGGUCAACUAUCAGAGUUGACUGCCACAUCAGAUAAAUUUAACGGUGACUAACGGAGAGAGUGACCAAACGUGAAUGUUUAACCACUCCUAGUGACCACGAAUGGAAUAAAAUACUUUUAGUGACUAAACGUGAAUUUUUUAGCACUUCUAGUGACCAACCUUGCAGUUUACCCAAAUUGUAAAGUUUCUCAUUUUCCAAUUAGAGUUCAUCAAUUAUUCUAUAUUUACCUCUAAGUUAAGCCAAAGUAUAUUGUAAGAUGUUAUUAGAAUAUCUAUGAAGCAACUAUUUGCAUGAUGUGAUGAGAAAACUCGAGCCUCUGUAGCUCUGUUGAUAAUUGGUAGUGUAGCUAUAAGGAGUAUAUGUUGUUUGUGUUGGCUACAAGUUGACCCAAGAAUUUUAUAUAGGGGUGGCUUCUUUCAAAAAAUAAAGUAAAAUAAAAAUUAAUUAAUUGAUAAAAAUUAAAUAAUUAUUAAAUAAGACAAUACCCUACUCGUACAAGUUAAAAAAAAUUCAAUGAUGUAUUUUCCAUUCUAAAAAAAAUAUAAAAUACACUCGGUGUCUACACUGCUCAACAAAUUUGUCUCGGUAUAUCCUACUAGACAAUCAUUCAUGAACUGAUGCAUAUUUGACUUCUAAAUUUGUUCUUGAUGUAACUCAAAGCCGAAAAGACACUUUCAACACAUGUCGUACAAUCAUAAAAUCAAUACAAAUUAAGGGUAGCUUGUAAUUAGAUUAAUUAUUAGGUUUUGAAAAUAAUUAAGAUAGAGAAUAGGGUUUGCUAUUACACAGUGUUUAGAAUAGAACAACAAAAAAGUUGUAGCCAAUGGAAAUUAUAUUUAUUAAUAAUAGUAGUGUCCCGGGUUUGAAUUACCCAAACAACCACUUAUAUUCCCAUACGCUACAAACGAGAGUAGGAUAAUCGUUCUUUCAAAUUUCAGGGUGUCCCGGACUAUUAAUUAUAAUUUUUUUGUCCAUACAUAAAUUACCACCGAGGGUUGGAUAAUCGAUUUUUCCAAAAUUUAGAGGUGUCCCGGGACACCCCUAAAUACCCAUGGGUCCGCCCCUGGCUACAAUACUAUGACAACUUGACCUAUAAAUUGAGUCAAAUUGAUGCCUACUUUACAAUGGUGGUUAUAUAUUGUAGUGCAAUUACUCACUAAGUUAGGUUUGGUUAGUGGUAAUUAGUGAAUGAAAUUUUAUACAUUUGAUUGAGUAUUAUGAGACAUCAUUCCAAUACUUAAGUUUCCUUAUUACAAUUCCUUUCAUUUUAAGAUACAAUAGUGUCUACUAUGUAAUUCCGAAGCUUUUAGGUGAAGCCACGAGCUAGCUAUUGUACUACUCAUAUGACACAUAUCUUUAUCGUUAGUGUUUACUGUAAUCUCAAGUAUAUUUUGAUAUUUAUAUGGAGAACUAUCUUCUCGGAAAUGUAUUAUUCUCAGUUCAAUGUUGCUCUCCCAUAGAAAUGAGCAAGUGAAAAGUGAUCUAGUAUAUGUCGUUUCGUGCACUUCCAAAAUUGUCAAAACAAUUGAUACAUUGCACAAUAUUUGUGAGAUCUAGGUAACACAAUCUAUAUUUUUGUAAGUUUACAUACUUUUUCCAUACCAUAUAUAAAUUUUCUUUUAUUGUUUGUGUCUGAGUGAUUGGUGUAUGCUCUUUGUAGUGAAAUCUAAAUUUUGGAGAGGAUAAUGAAGAAGGCAGCCAUCGACAAAAGAAGGGAAGAAAAUUUAUCAUUUGUAAUCCAUUCAAUGCGUGCAAUCUCUUUUCUGUCAAGAUGCCCCCCAAUUUGUAUUCGAAUUCCUUUUGUAUUCUUUGGACAGUGGUUCUGAGUACGAUUUGGAAGGAAAGAUGUAGGAGGUGUUAUGGUGUUGAGUAAGAAUGCCAGCUCAUUUAAUAGCCCAAAUACGUUCAGAAGUUAGAUGGUAUACGGAUAGUAAAGUACAGUUACAAGGCGUGCUUAGUUGAUAGUUCUGUUUUUCAUUUCAUAUUGUUAAACGGUCUAUGUAAGUACUUUCUGAGAGGACCUUAGUUUAAAAGGGAGUCUGGAUCUUAAUGAUACUUUUGAUUAACCAUAAAAAAAUUCCUUUUGUAUUUGUAUGUUCAGUUAAUUCAAUAACUUUUUUCAUUGCUUUGAGAAAUGAAACUUUAUUUGUUAAUUGUUCCGCUAUAAAUUCUGCAAGAAUAUUAGGGUGCCUUUAAGGAUUUUCGGUUCUUGUAAUAGGAAUGUUGAUCUUUUGGUUAAUUUUUGAAUCUCUAUACGUGAAAUUUCCUCAAACUAUAAAAAAUUUCAUAUAUUUUGUACAUAAUUCUUGAUACAGUUUCUUAUAUUUUGAUCUUCCUGUAGACUUCCAGAAUAAUUUUUUGGUUGUGCAAACUAAAGAGAAUGAUGACCUUGAGUUGUGCCAAGUCUAAAUCCAAGUGGAUUUAUUUUUUGUCCCAUAAUCCUCACUAUAUAUAAAAAUCACGAAAUGUUUUUUUUUACCUACCUGCUUUGUUAAGCAUAAAUUUUUAUGUUGUUUUUUCAUUAUGAUAAGAUUAUAAUAGAUUUCUAACUAUCUCCUUUUAUAUAUUUCAUAGAAAGAUUUGUUUAUCAGUCCAAUACGUAUAUGAAAACUUAGCCUUUUUAUAGCAAAACUCCAUCCUCGAGCUCGAGCUUUUAAUUUUUUUUUUAUAGUACUACCCUCAUUAACUUCGACUUUAGUAAUAACUAAAUCGUCUUCCUUAAAAUCCUUAUUGAUUACCAUUGGGUGCGACAGUAUUUUUGGGAAGAUGUUCAACAGUUCUUAGGGGGAAGCUCACGUACGUGCGGCGUUCCAGACUGGUGGUUGUCCUGCCCAACAGCACGCCCAGUUCCCUUUUUUCCAGGAAUAGCCAAAAGCGUUCCCAAAUUUGCCAAUGCUUUUGUCGAUGCUUCCCCAAAAUUGGAGCUGGUCGGCGGUCGCCAUUUAAUCCACCCCGCUGGUAGUGAUGUCAAUUUGAACCCGCCCGCGGGUAUUACCCGACCUGAUCCGCGAUGAGGCGGGUAUUACCCGACACGCACUAGCGUGGUGCGGAGCAUGGUUAUCUACUUCCGACCCGUCCUGCCCUUCUUGUCCCAUUCUUGACCAAUUCUGUCUCAAUUGCUUAUCGUAUCUAUUCAUAUUUCUCCCAUUUUGACUAUUCUUCAACUUGUUAGACUCGGUCUUUCAACUAGUUAGACUUAAUUACUCAUUAUAUUAUGAUUAUCAUUAUUUUUCUUUCAUAAGUGUAUUCCACUUCGUUUUAUUAUAAACAGUAACAAUUUAC